AUGUCUUCUGAAUCUUCUGGCGGAAAGCAUUAUCUGAAUAGAUAUUAUAUAGCAAUUAGUCGAGAUGGAAAAUAUACUGCCACGUUCGAUGCAGCAACUCGUCACGUUAAAAUUUUAAAAACUACCGAUCAUUGGAAUGAAUCAUAUGAAAUCAAUGAAACCAUUGCUCACUUUAAAAUAAAGUAUGAUGAUUUAUCUAUCCAAGAAUUUUACAAUUAUCCGCCGCCAUCCGAAAAUUUGAAUGAAAACGCCAAAGUAAGAUGGUCGAUCGAUAUAUCCAAUGGAGACGAAAAGUUUUUAUUUAUAGCAGCAUCUCGAAUACAAAACCAAUAUAUGAAAAAAAAGGAGGAGAAUAUUAGUACAAUGAUUGCAAAAAAUUUCGUUGAAAGUAAUAGAGAAAGUCGUAUAACUAUUUUCCCGGCAAUUUCAACAAAUAUAACAGAUAUUAAUACCGCUAUUUAUUGUCUUAAAUUAAAAGUUGACGAUAAUAAAACUUCUAUUGAAGUUGAUAAAAGCUUUACUAAAUAUUAUCAUAAUAGAUUAUCAGGAAUUUGUAGAUUUGCAAAGGAAAAGACAAAGGGAGAGACAAAGGAAGAGACAAAAGAAAAGACAAAGAAAGAUGUUAAAUCAGAUUAUAAUUUAAAAAAAUUUAUUUUAUUGAAUUAUAAUGGCAUAUAUAGCUUUAAAUAUAAUGAGAAACAUAAAAAUUUUAACAAUGCAGAGAAAUAUAAUUAUCCAAAAGAGGUCAAUGAUGAAUUAACAAAUAAAAAGAAUCAACAUGAUUGUACAAAUUUGCUCUUGUCACACAUUUAUAAAAAAUACUUUAUUAUUGAAGAUAAUAGCAAAAAAGUUCUUGAAGUUUACUCGAUCGAUAAACAAGAAUUUCACUUUUGUGUUGCUCAAGAACCUCAAUCUAUUAGGAUAUUCCUUAUGGAACAUGGAUCGAGAAUCGCAUCAAAAUCAUUUGAAAAAUUCAAUAUACAUAAAAUCCAUUUAAUUGAAUUCAUCAACAGCGAUGAGAAAUUAUUUUUGAUUGUCAGUGAUUCUACAAAGGAUCUAAAAUUUAUCAUUUGGGAUAUAUAUGAUACUGACAAGGUUGAUAUAAUAACAUUAGAAGGACUUACGUCACAAAAUCUUAGUACUUGCUUUGCAAGUUCCUCUGGAAAUGUUGUACUCGUUAAUGAUGAAGGUAAAAUUAUAUCAAUUAGUAAGAUGAUUGAGAAAAAAUCCGAAAAAGAAAACAUUGAAAAAGCUUUACAACUUAUAGUCGGUAGAUCUACAAUUCAAAUCUGGCAUCAAUUCAAAAAUGAUAAAAAGAAAAAGAAAAAACAUCUUCCCAAUAAAGGAAAGCCGUUUCUAGAAUUUAUUUGGACAAAUGGAAAUCCAUAUAAUCAAGAAAAUGAAGAAAAUAAAUUACAUAUAACUAGUGUUCGAUUUGGUUUAAAAUAUUUUCGCUUGGUGGUUUAUUGGUACGAAGGUUCAAGCAAUGAGAAAGAAAAUAAGCAAGAAAAGACGCAAAAAAUGAAAAAUAUGGAAUCAAUUGAAGGAAUGGCAAUCAAAAUAAAAAUAAUUGAAUGGAGGGAUAUUAAUGAAAGAUUGGAAUAA